AUGAUCAGUCUGCCACUACAAUUAAAUCGUUUUGCCCCAGGAACAAGAAAGCAGAAUGAUCCGGUGAUCCGACCAGACACUCAUCCAGAGGCCUUUGUUCCUGUUCCGCCAGACGGUGGAUGGGGUUGGAUAGUGGUGGCAGCUGCUUUCCUCACAAAUCUCAUUAUUGAUGGGAUCUGCGUUACCUUCGGUAUUAUGGUAACCGAUUUUGUGGAACACUUCAACGCGUCAGUUGCGAAUGUAAUGUUGCUAGGAUCACUUCUUGUUGGAAUGUAUCAAAUUAUUGGUCCUAUUGCGGCAGGUCUAGUAAAUCGAUUUGGAUGUAGAGCAGUUGGGAUGGGAGCUUCCGUUCUCGCCUCCGUCUCCAUGUUCGCCAGCGCUUUCAUGCCCAGCGUUGAAUGGAUGAUCGUCACCUAUGGCAUCUUUGCUGGCUCAGCGUUCGGAUUGCUUCAUCUUCCCUCGAUAAUCUGUGUUAGUUUCUACUUCGACUCUCGCCGAGCGCUAGCAGUCGGAAUAACCAGUGUUGGGACUCCCGUCGGAGCCAUGAUAUUCGGCCAUCUAUCCGAACUACUUCUUAAUAAAUAUGGCUGGGCAAACACACUGAUUCUCUUCGCUGGAAUUCUUCUUAACUGUGCAGUCUUUGCGGCCCUCUACCGCCCUCUAACUCCAGACCUUAUACUCACUCCAAUGAAACCCGGGGAAGCUCAAGCCAUAAAAUCACUGCUUCAGUUGGCUGUGAGUGAAGAAGAAAACGACAGAGUAAGUGGUGGUUUAACACCCUCCGCGGUAGCCUCUCAACGUGACCUACGUGAUCGGCCUGUUUUGGAGGAGGUUAAAGAGGAAGAUGAAGGGAAAGAGAUGGAGGAGAAAUCUCCGGAGGAUAAUAUACUUCAAAAUCUCUUUUUUUUCAGACCGCUAACAACUAUUGUAGAAGGUCCCGAAGAAACCGAAGGAGCUAAUGCAGAUUCCUCUAAGCCCAAAGUUGAAGUUGAAGUUAUCAUUAGGGGGCCAAAGCAUCAUAGACACCGCAGACAAAGAAAGGUGCGGAAGACUUUGCGUCAGCACCUUCACCAUCAAUACGCACUUUGGUUGAAGGGUAUUCGUCAGGCCCGAAGUUCUCGAAGCGAGAAUGGUCAUGAAGAACUCGGAGGCGAGAACAGUGACUAUUCUGACGCCAAGAGUUCUGAUGACUCUAGUCAAGCUUCGACUUGCCAUUCCUCUUGCAAAGAAGAUGGUUCCCAUUGGGAUUCUACUUCUGAUGUUACUUCAGAAAUUGAUGAAGAGGCAUCUAACAUUGAAGGGGAUGCUGUGAAACAUCCUCAGAAGAAUCUGAAGGAAAAGCAUGUGACUGGAGGAAAGAAAAGCUUCAGCGGAAGAUCGCAGUUUACAACAUCUACUGAUGAAUGCAUUUUCUCCGCCCCUAGUCUUAAUCAAUCUAGUGGAAUACAUCGACGAGCCCAUCAACCAGAAUGUCAUCCAAGUCGGACCUAUUUCCGUCCCAUCCCACGACAAUCAGUCAUCCACUUCGCCAAUGCCUCGGUAUCUAGGCACCGUUCAGUAUCUAUCGGCGCUUGUCAGCUUACCCAAAGCCAAAUCGGAAACUUCGGAUCUGCUCUAUUCGCCUCCACACUGAGCCCAGGUGCUAAUGGUCUAGAUGGAACGCCUUCGAUUGAAGAACUUAGCGAUACUGCUCCAGUAAUCGUGGAACUACCUCAUGAAAGUAUUACUGUCGAAGAUUACGCCCGUCCUCUAUAUAGGAAAGAUAUUUUCUUUCCGGGAAACAUCAAACGACAGAUUGAGCCCACAUCGGCGUUAAUUACUGCAGGUGCUCAGAAUGUGGCCGAAAAUUCGGAAGAUCAGGUGAUAGCAAGUCAAAUCUCUAUUGAUGGCGUCAGACGUCGGAAGACAACAAUGGGGACAUCUACAUUUGGAAGCACUAUUCAAUUUGGAGACAACGUUCCCUUUCCUCUUGUGAAUGAAACAUCAGGCCCUGAUAAGGGAAAUUCAACUGAUAUUAAUUGGACGGGAUCUUGUCUAAUGUCUCUGACUAAAAUUCCCAUUCCAGAUGUAUUUGAAAACGAUAAAGAGGAAGAAAAUGAAGUAGACUACGAAGCAAAGAUAUGGGAUCGCCUUAAAGCUGAAGGUGGUUUGAAUCUAACGGAAAAGCGAGAAGAUGGAAUUUACAGAGUGCCAAGAUAUUUCUCCCUUUGUGGAUGGUGGUUAUGUUGGCAGACUCAAAAGAAACUCAGUAUUUCGUCAGAUGAUGAAAUGGAAAGGUUCAAACGAACUGUGAUGAAAGGUUUAGAGAGUGGAGACCAAUUAAUGAAAUAUCCUCCCAAACCAAACCUAGUACUCAUCCGAAGAUGUGCAUAUCUUCCAAAAUCAAUGUGUGACGUCCUAGUAACCAUGAUAAAUCUUUCUUUGUUGAAAAGUUCUAGUUUUGCCAUCUUGUGUGCUGGAAAUGCAAUCGCCAUGUUAGGCGUCUAUGUCCCUCUGUUCUUUGUCUAUGAUCUGUCGGAGUCUUUUGAUAUACCGAAAAGCCAAUCAGCUUAUUUGAUGACGGUUUACGGGGCCGUAAGUGCAGUCAGCCGUUUAUUAAGUUCUUGGUUAAGUGCCAAACCGAAUGUUUCCUCGACGAUAUUGACAGCAAUUGCACUUAUAGUGUGUGGUAUAUCUGCCUGCGUUAUGCCCUUCUGGGGAAAUCUGACUGGUCAAAUUCUAGUAAUGGUUGCCUUCGGCUUAACAAUCUCACCAUUCUUCUCCUUGGCUUCUGUUAUAAUUUGUGACAUUCUUGGUCUGGAGGCACUGACUAAUGGCUAUGGCAUUGUCACCAUGGUUCGUGGUAUUGCAAGCACUGCUGGAUCCCCCUUAGCCGGUAUGAUUGCAUCCGCCACCGAUUCAUACGCUGUAGCUUUGCUAACUGCAGGCAGUGCGAUAAUAAUUGGCGGGGUUUUAUAUGCCCUAGUCGUUCUUCUUGAGAGAAGAAAACUACGGCGAAUGGUUGAAGUUGAAGUGGAUUCCGCUGGAGGGCUUUAUGUAAUCGCUGGACUCUAUCUGUGCUCCUACGUCGGUAUCAAGCUUCGUCAUUGGCAGCGGGAGAAGAAUGAUGCUAUUGCCAACGAAAACAAAGAGGUUCGCUUGGCGCUCACCCCUUUUCUUCUUGCGGAACAGCAAAGAAUGUAUCUCAAGCAGCUCGUCAAGAAUCGUGAAUACGAGACAGAACUUAUGAAAGACGUUCCUGGGUGGGAAGUCGGGCAUUGGCACGACACCCCUGUCUACUAUAAUCCUCGUGGUCUCUGGUGCGAACCAAGCCUCUAUGAGUUUUACGCUCAUCUUACAAGACGUCAAGCUGAGCGUCAACUUACUGUACACUUUGAUUAUUAA